GCUGUAUUGAGACAAAACACCAUUACGCUUCAAGUCCGUCCCUGUUCAUCUGCGCUGAGAGGAGAUUAUUAUUACAAAGAAGCAAUCUUGUUUAUUUUUAACGAUGUUUGCACUCGAUUUUACUCGCGUUGCAAGCUCGACGAGUCAAUCGUUAGUUUAAUGUGAACCAUGAGUACGGCUGGUAAAAUAAUCCACGUGUCGCCCAUGAACGCGGGCACUGGAUUCCCGAAGGACCACAAGUGCGCCUGGCGCGAAAAUUUCGGAAAGAAUGUGCCUAUUCCGCACACGAAACACGACUGGCGGCCCUCGGAAAACCUUAAAAUUCACCCGGACGUGACAUCUCUGAUGGGUCACACUCCGAUGGUGAAGCUUAACAGAAUUCCCAAAGAGGCGGGGCUGAAAUGCAAUGUCUACGCGAAAUGUGAGUUCCUCAGUCCCGGUGGUUCGAUCAAGGAUCGUAUGGCGAAAAGAAUGUUCGAUGAUUACGAACGGCAAGGAAUCUUAAAACCGGGAAUGACAAUCAUAGAGGCGUCGUCCGGUAAUACGGGCAUCGCGUUCGCCCUUUUAUCCGCCAUAAGAGGUUACAAGUGUAUCAUCGUGCUGCACGAAAAGAUCUCCCACGAAAAGGAGAUGACGAUCAAAAGCUUAGGCGCGGAAGUGGUGCGGGUACCGGCGGACAGCGACGACUUCUCCCCCGAAGGAUUUUUCGGCGUCACCUGUAAGCUGCGCAAGGAGAUCCCAAAUUCUAUCAUUCUGGACCAGUUUUCCAAUCCGGGGAAUCCCUUAAGUCAUUACGACACCACAGCCGAAGAAAUUCUCGACCAGACGGACCGCAAAGUAGAUAUGAUCCUUCUCAGCGCCGGAACCGGGGGAACCAUGACUGGAAUCGGAAGGAAGUUCCGGGAAGUCUCCCCCAUUACCAAGAUAAUAGGAUUUGAUCCGUAUGGUUCCCAAUACGCGCAUCCCGACAGCCUGAACGAGACGGACGUUAAAUUGUGGGAGAUUGAAGGUUUAGGUUACUUCCAUAUACCCAGCACUUUGGACAGAACCCUUUGCGACUACUGGGUGAAGGUGUCGGAUGCCGAGUCGCUUCUGAUGGCUCGCAGACUGAUGAAGGAGGAAGGGUUGUUGGUCGGUCCAAGCAGCGGAGCGGCAGUGGCGGCGGCGGUUAAAGUAGGCCAGAGCUUGAAAGAGGGCGACAACUUGGUACUACUGCUGCCCGACGGUAUUAGGAACUACAUGACCAAGUUCGUGUCCGACCAAUGGAUGGAGGCGAAGGGACAUCAGCCUUGUUCCAAUCCCCUUAAUAAAUGGUGGUGGGAACGCAAGGUAGCGGAUCUGGGACCCAAGCCGCCCAUCACACUACUGCCCACCGAGACAUUGGCGGGCGUGCUGCGCAUUUUGAAAGAGAAGAACGCUCAAGGCGCCGCCGUCGUCAACGAAAGCGGGUUUCUGGUAGGUACGGUGCACCUGAACGAGGUCAAAACGGGACUGGUGUCGGGCAAUUUCAAGCGAGACGAUGUCGUCAAGCGAUGCACUCACACUAUACCGCUGAAGGUAACGAAGGACGAUACGUUGGGUCGCGUGUCUAGAAUACUGGAGAAGGACCCCAUAGCUUUGGUGAUCGAAACGGUUACCGUCGACGGCGAAACGAAAGUCAGACCCGCGGGCAUUGUAGACCUGGACGACUUGCUGACUUACACGAGUUAAAUCAAAUCACGACUUUGU